AUGCUGAGAAAUCCCGUUAUCCGGAGAGCGGCCAGCACUCAACUCGCUCGUAACGUACGCGCCACUUCUGCUGUUGUCAAUGUCACUCGCUCGUACGCCAGCACCCCUGAUCCCAACGCUAACCCCAUUACCGGCAAGACAACCUUUGGCAAUCUUUCCGACGAAGAUCGUAUCUUCACCAACGUGUAUUUGCGUCACGACUAUCGUCUCAAGGGUGCCUUGAAGCGUGGUGACUGGUACAAGACCAAGGAGCUCGUUUUGAAGGGUCACGAAUGGAUUCUUCAAGAAAUGAAGGAGUCAGGUCUUCGUGGUCGUGGUGGUGCAGGUUUCCCCACAGGUCUCAAGUGGAGCUUCAUGAACAAGCCUCUUGAUGGCAGACCUCGUUACUUGGUUGUGAACGCUGAUGAAGGUGAACCUGGUACUUGUAAGGAUCGUGAAAUCAUGCGUGGUGAUCCCCACAAGCUUGUUGAAGGCUGUCUUCUUGCCGGUGUCGCUAUGAAGGCAAAUGCUGCAUACAUUUAUAUCCGUGGUGAAUUCUACCAGGAAGCAUCUCAUUUGCAAGAAGCUAUCAACGAAGCUUAUGAAGCUGGUCUCAUUGGUAAGAACGCCUGUGGCUCUGGUUAUGACUUUGAUGUCUACAUCCACCGUGGUGCUGGUGCCUAUAUUUGUGGUGAAGAAACCUCCUUGAUCGAAUCCAUCGAGGGCAAACAAGGCAAGCCUAGAUUGAAGCCUCCAUUCCCCGCCGAUGUUGGUCUUUUCGGUUGUCCCUCCACUGUCACCAACGUUGAAACCGUUGCUGUUGCUCCCACCAUCUUGAGACGUGGUGGUAAAUGGUUUGCCAGCUUUGGUCGUGCUCGCAAUCAAGGCACCAAGCUCUUCUGUAUCUCGGGUCACGUCAACAACCCUUGCACUGUUGAGGAAGAAAUGUCUAUUCCCUUGCGUGAAUUGAUCGAGAAGCACUGUGGUGGUGUACGUGGUGGUUGGGAUAACCUUCUUGGUAUCGUUCCUGGUGGUUGCUCUGUUCCAAUUCUUCCCAAGCACAUUUGCGAUGAUGUCUUGAUGGACUUUGAUGCUCUUCGUGAUGUUACUUCGGGUCUUGGUACUGCUGCUGUUAUUGUCAUGGAUAAGUCAACCGAUGUUGUCAGAGCCAUUUCUCGUUUCGCAAAGUUCUAUCGUCACGAAUCGUGUGGUCAAUGUACUCCUUGCCGUGAAGGUACCAAGUGGCUCGAAAUGAUGAUGGAUCGCUUCGAAGAUGGCCGUGGUCGCCCUGAGGAAAUUGAUCAACUUUGGGAAUUGACCAAGCAAAUUGAAGGCCACACCAUUUGCGCUUUGGGUGAUGCCGCUGCAUGGCCCGUCCAAGGUUUGAUCCGUCACUUCCGUCCUGAACUUGAGGAACGUAUGGCCAAGUUCCAGCAAUCGCUCGAAGCCGACCAGGCAAAAUUGGGCGCUUAG